CACUCGUGAAAGGUUUUCGUGUUGAUCAUAAAACGUGUCAAAGUGCUCAAUCGUGAAUCCCGUCAAAGUCGCUCGCAGCUGAUUUUUCUUUUCAACUUUUUCAAUAGUUUUUGCAAAAAGUUUCUUUAAUUUAUCCAGAAAAGAUGCUGAGUCGUUGUUCAAGAGCCUUCACCACAGCUCACCAGUUCCGGAGAUUGCAGAGCACUCUGGUAAUUGCGGAGCACAACGACAAGACCCUUACCCCAAUCACUGGGAAUGCUGUUUCCGCUGCCCAACAGCUGGGAGGAGAUGUAACGGUGCUCGUGGCAGGAGCUCAGUGUGGCGCAGCUGCUGAAUCCGCCGCCAAGCUCACCGGAGUUGCACGUGUGCUUGUGGCUGAGAAUGAAGCCUUCAAAGGGCUCGUUCCGGAAGCAAUAACUCCCCUCGUGUUGGCGGCUCAGAAUCAAUUCAAGUUCAGCCACAUCGUUGCCGGUGCUUCGGCAUUUGGGAAGAGUCUCGCGCCACGUAUUGCCGCCAAGCUCGAUGUAUCCCCCAUAUCGGAGGUUAUUGCAAUUCGCUCAGCGGAUACAUUUGUGCGCACAAUCUAUGCCGGGAAUGCUAUCCUCACGUUCAAAGCCAAAGAUCCCGUGAAGGUUAUCACAAUUCGCUCAACUAACUUCCCACCGGCGCCCGAGGGAGGCAGUGCUGGGGUUGAGAAGGCACCAGAUGGUGACUACAAGACCGACUUGACGACGUUUGUGAGCCAGGAACUCACAAAGUCUGAUCGACCUGAAUUGACGAGUGCAAAGAUAAUCAUCUCAGGAGGACGUGGCCUCAAGUCUGGGGAUAACUUUAAGCUUCUCUACGAUCUUGCGGAUAAAUUUGGUGCCGCCGUGGGAGCUUCUCGAGCUGCUGUGGAUGCUGGAUAUGUGCCCAAUGAUCUUCAGAUUGGUCAAACAGGAAAGAUCGUUGCUCCGGAACUUUACAUUGCUGUCGGCAUAUCGGGUGCAAUCCAACAUCUUGCUGGUAUGAAGGAUAGCAAAACAAUUGUGGCGAUCAACAAAGAUCCCGAAGCCCCAAUCUUCCAAGUAGCUGACUACGGUCUUGUUGCUGAUCUAUUUAAGGCAGUACCGGAAAUGACGGGAAAGCUCUAAUUUAGGUUCGGUUGUGGCCAAUUGGCGAAUAAUUUGCAUUUCUAUUGAAUUUAAUUUGGAGGCACUAAAGAUAAAUUUUAUAUUAAAAAAAAGUAGUAAAUAAAAUUGCCUUUUCUAAAAUGUUA